CAACAGGCCAUUUAUAAAGACCGGCUGGGGUACGGUGUUGGUAGCUUUGAUGUCAUGAUAUCCUCUCACGGAACUCAAAAUAUCGUCAUCGGGAUUACUGAAUAGCAGGAGAUCAGUUUUGUCAGCGUCGACGUUCAUCGGCCACGAUGGCCUCCUUUGAAGAGAAAGUAAACUUGCUCCGUCAGUCAUCUGAGAAUGGAAGGAAGCCCUUACCACGGAUUACACUAGGGGCUGUCAAUAGAGAUGGUUCCUUACACUACGCCAAGGCAUUUGGAGGGGAAUCUGUCGACUCUACCGAUACCGACGCCGUGCAUUGGGUGGCCUCUUGUACCAAGUCUGUGACUACCGUUGCAGUAAUGCAGUGUGUCGAGCGUGGUCUGUUAGACUUGGAUGCAGACAUCGCCAAUGUGCUACCGGAGUGGGAAAGCCCUCGGAUCUUGACGGGCUUCGAUGAGAAUGAUAAUCCUAUUUUCCGGCCAGCCACCAAGCCUAUUACCCUACGGCGCAUGUUGACCCACUCGAGUGGCAUGGCGUACUACUUCAUGGAUCCUCUAAUGACACGCUAUCAUGAAUUGCAAGGAAACUCGCCGGUAGUCCAAACGCUGUACCAAUUCCAAUUCCUCGUUUUCGAACCAGGCGAACGAUGGAUGUACUCUCCUGCUAUUGAAUGGGCGGGAGAAGCGGUUGAGCGAGUCACUUCCAUGAAGCUGGGCGAAUACCUGCAGCGUCAUGUUUUUGAUCUUGUCUCCGUCAAGGAUGCCACAUUCCAUCUCGAUCAGAGAGAAGACCUUCGAGCCCGCAGGGUUAAAGCCUGGGUUCGAACGGAUCAGGGUCUGGAAGAAGAGAAGAAUCCUGUCUUCCCAGACCCAAUUGCGCAAGAUGUCGGAGGAGGUGGCCUAUACGCAACCGUUAACGAUAUGCUCAAGAUCUAUCAUGGCAUACUGACGGGAACAUUACUCCGUCCGGAGACUGUGAAGGAAAUGUUUCAACCUCAUCUGGAAAGUGUUCACGGUCUCGACCAGCCGCACGAUUAUUCUUUGGCGUCCCGCAACGCCAUUUGGAAUGCAAUCCCAAACGAAGUGCCAGUUGAUUUUGGCAUCGGUGGUCUGCUCAAUACAUCUAGAGUCCCAGAGCGACGCGAGGCAUAUUCGCUCACCUGGUCCGGAAAAUCGAAUUGUUACUGGUGGAUCAACAUCAACAAAGGAGUCGCAGGCGUAUACCUCUCUCAGCUGCUACCGACCGGAGACCAGAGUGCUAUUGAGCUGCUCACCGAGUUUGAAAGAUGGGUGUAUUCGCGCUUGGAUGAAGAAGGUUGCCUGGUGGAGUAG